CUAAUGGAGUAGUACUCUACUAGUAAUAGUAGUACAUGUCAUGCAGUCAGUGGUGAAGAGCAAUGCUGGUCCAGCUUCGAAGCUUCGAGGCUCGAGAAGCUCACAACUUUCGCAUUCUCAGUUCAAACAACCAAAACCAUCCGGGAAACUGAUCUAGCUAGCUAGCUAGCUCUUAGUAUAUACUAAGUAGAAGCACACAGCAACACAGCAACACAGCAACACAGCCACCAUGAACAAACUCCAAAUGCUUCUGAUGCUAGCGAUAGCAUGCAUCAGCGCUCAGAUGGUCAGUGCUGACUACUACAUCUGGUACAAGUGGGCUGCCAAGACGGGCCGCGAAUGCGACGAUGAGGAUCUGAAAACCCUUGAGGACUUGACCCGCAAAUCCAUUAUCGAAAAUAGUGAUGGCGAUGAGAAGGCUUUCGCGAGUUCAGGGACUUGGCGUGAGCUGAGGUUGGGAGACUUGAUCGAGGAGCCUGUAGUACAAGUUACCGCUAGCGAUCCAGAGCUUGAUGAAUUUACCCGAAGACUGCAGCCAUGCAGUGGAUGUGAAUGCUGCGCGUAUUUCCCUGGCAAUCCCAUCUACUGUGGUGGCAACUGUGGCGGUCGUCGUCGGAACAGACGCCUCAGGGUUCGUGCUAACAACGAGCGGGAGCUUUCCAAUGUCAUGGGUGCCGUGGCGUCGGCUGCUGCCAAAUGGGACAAAGACACCAAGGAUUGCUUUGACCCAAGCAGCUUUGAGUACGAGUUUGAACGGCAGCCUUAAGCUACCUCAAGCUACUAGUAGACUAGUAGACUAGUCUACUAGUAGUAGUACCGGUGCGGCAACACCAACAACUGAGGGGGCGAACACAGCAGCAGCAGCAGCAGCACAGGAAGGAAAGGAACACUCUUGGUUAUUCGCUGGUCCAAGUCCUUUGCAUCCAUUAUUAAGAAACACUGAUUUCAUCAUAAACUUCAUACUAUUAGCAUAUCAUAGCUCUACUAAUCCAUUACCAUUACUACUAAAAGAGAAAGAGUGACAC